AUAAACAGUAUACGUGCAUCUAUUGUAGAAGUCAAUGAACAUAAAAUACGAACAAGGCUGUCAGGAAAUUCCGGAAGUUGUGAUAUGAUUAAUCCAUUAUCUUCACAAUCUAAUGAUUUUCAUACUCUAGUUCGUCGCAAUUCAUAUGAACCACCUCCUAUAUCUGCUUCAACUGGAAUUAGCGCACCAAGUGAUGAAGAAAUUACUAAUUUCACACGGUUCAUUACUUAUUCAUCAGCAUCUUAUUGUCCAAACUCUAAAACUUGGACUUGCGGACAAUUAUGCGAUAUUUAUGGAAUUAUUACCGUUAACUCAAAAUAUCGAGAGAUUGUUAUCACUUUCCGGGGAACAAAUAUUGAUAAUAAUGAUUUUCAAAAUGCAAUUAAAGACAUUGAGGGAUGGCUAGUUUCAUAUGACUAUACAUCUAAUUCGACCCCUCCUAAGUCCUGCUCACCUCCAAAUGUCUGUGUUCACUAUGGUUUUUACACCAGUUUUCUUGGCUUUCAAACAAAAAUAAGAAAUGAGAUUACUACAUUAAUUAAUAAUGAACAAUAUAAAGAUUAUGAAAUUAUUGUAACUGGUCAUAGCUAUGGAGCAGCUUUGGCUUUGUUUACCGCCCUUGAUAUUAAACAAUCAUUUAGUGGAGUUACCCCAUAUCUCUAUACUUACGGUGCACCUCGGGUUGGAAAUUCUGAAUUUGCCUCAUUUGUGAACAAUAAUUUGAAUUUCACUACAAGAAUAGUCAACCAAGCUGAUUCAGUGCCUCAUAUUCCAGAUUGUUGUGGAUAUGAACAACACCAAGGUGAAGUCUGGAUUGCCAACACUGCUAAAAACGAAGUGGUUAAAUGUUCAGGCAACCAAAACGAGCAUUGCUCCGAGUCUGUUAGUUUUAAAGAUUGGAUUGCUGAUUUUACUUUGCUUUUUAUAAAUGCAAUUCCUUUUCAUCGGAUUCUUUUUGAAAGUCCUGAUCAUUAUGGCCCAUAUUGGGGUAUUCAUAUUGAUGAAAGUUUAUGUAAAUAA